GAUCGAAUUGAAAGAUAUCAACGUUAGCGGAGGAGGAGGAGGGGACGACGGUGGCAGCGGAAACGGUGGAGGUGGAGGUCGCGGCAAAGACGAAAGCAAAGGUAACGGCGAAGGGGGAUCCGAGGACAGAGACGAGAAGAAGAUGGGAGGUGGGAUGUCCAUGUCUCAGAAGCUCACUCUCGGCUAUGCCGCCCUUGUCGGAGUCGGUGGGAUUAUGGGAUACAUCAAAAAGGGCAGCCAGAAGUCAUUAGCUGCUGGAGGAUUGUCUGCCCUUCUACUGUAUUAUGUUCACACUCAACUUCCUAUAAGGCCAGCUUUUGCAUCAGCUUUGGGUUUAGGUUUAUCUGCUGCACUUCUAGCAGUUAUGGGUUCUCGCUUUAGGAAGUCUGGGAAGAUAUUUCCAGCAGGUGUCGUGUCUCUAGUGUCUUUUGUAAUGGUCGGUGGUUACUUGCAUGGAAUUCUUCGAGGUCUCCAUGCCUAAUGAGCUGACAGAAGGCUUGCUACCAAAUGCUUGUUCUUGUGAGAAUCUCUGAGGUUACUUUUUCCCUUGUUUGAGUAGUUUAUAUGGACACCUUGAAGACAAACCAGCAAAUGACUGUUUCAUCUUCUUUUUUUUUUUUUUCUUUUUUUAUGUUAACUGUGUGCAAUGCUUAUAAUUUGCCACAUACCAGCUUAUAUACUAUUAAUGAAUGAGAUGAGGUCUGGGAAUAUGUAUUGAGAAUCA